AUGCGCUUUCGAAUUCCUUUCAUGACAUUUAACGAAAUUGGAUGUCUCGUGAUUCCCACAAGGUUCUUCGCAGGUGUUGCUCUGACUUUCUACAACAUGAGUUUUUUUGACGCGGAUUUUUAUAUCAUUCCUUCGAUAGCUGCUUUAUUUCUUGGAGCGUACUUUUUGUGUUCUGAGGAAUUGAAAUUGCACGGUCAAAUAGAAUCUAUUGCUAUGAAGAGCCCUAAGGAACGUACAGCUCUGAUCGAAGAAAUCGCGUUGUUCUGUGAACUUCAAGGAAAAUAUGACUGGCUGAAAGUAAUAUUGCGAAAAGUGGAAAAUGACGUCCUACAAAAAAUGAACAAGCAAGGAAGUAUUGCCAAGGAGAAGCGAGAAGUCAAGUUGAAGCGGGAUAAGGCUGAGAAAUAUCAAAAAAUAAAAAAUUACUUGGAAAGCGAAAUUUUCUAUCAGCGCCCACUAUAUAUCCAAGUGAAGCAGGAAGCACUCCAUGUGGAAAGCAAGCUGGAAAAUGAUAAUAAUGUGUUGAAUGGUGCACAGAAACUCGCUCAGAAAACUGAACAGCAGGCGGAGAUGCUUGAGAAAGCCGCAUGGUUUGUUUUGCGGUUAUUUUUUCAGUUGUAA